AUGUUGGAUGAGGUAAACUUCUCGUCUGAGAAAAUGGUUCCGGAUCGCUUAUGGGUAUCUUCGUCAAGAACUACGGAGUUAAAGCGAAGACCGGAGGCAAGUCUAAGUCCUGGUAGGCCGGUGCCAGUUUGCAGUUCCCCGUUGGACGCAUUCAUCGUAUGCUUCGCAAAGACAACUAUGCUGGUCGUGUUGGAGGUGGAGCUCCACUUUAGCUGCAGUCGUACUCGAGUACUUCUCUGCUGGGGCACUGAAAUUGGCUGGCAAUGCCGCCCGUGA